GCGUGUCCAAUCAGCGUGGGGGGCUCGCUGCCGGGUCCGGCCCGCUCCGGGGAGAUGAUGCAGAGGCUCUGAUGCUCCGUCCGCUCGUCUGGAUGCCCCAAAUCACACCAUGCCGCUGCCAAAAUCCCGGAAAAUCGCCGUGCUGGGCUACAGGUCGGUGGGGAAGUCUUCUCUCACCAUCCAGUUUGUGGAGGGUCAGUUUGUCGACUCCUAUGAUCCCACCAUAGAGAACACCUUCACCAAGACGAUGACGGUGAACGGUCAGGAGUACAACCUGCAGCUGGUCGACACGGCUGGACAGGAUGAAUACUCCAUCUUCCCUCAGAGCUACACCAUUGACGUUGACGGUUACAUCCUCAUCUACUCCGUGACGUCCUACAAAAGUUUCGAGGUGGUCCGAGUGAUCCAUGAGAAGCUGCUGGACAUGGUGGGAAACGUCCAAGUCCCAAUUAUUUUAGUUGGGAACAAGAAGGACCUGCACAUGGAGAGAGUGAUCAGCUUCGAGGAGGGCAAAGCUCUGGCCGAGUCGUGGAACGCUGCCUUCCUCGAGUCUUCAGCCAAAGAAAACCAGACGGCGGUGGAGGUGUUCAGGAGGAUGAUCCUGGAGGUAGAGAAGAUGGAGGCGGGUCAGCCGGCGGGUCGGACUCCCUGUUCUAUGAUGUAGCUCCAACACCAUCCACAGAACCUCCGCUGUUGGUCUCACAUGUUCUGAACGCUCACACAAGACUCUGUUCAAAAAUCUGUGUAUUUAACGUUAACCUGUAAAAACAGUCGACACUCUAAACAACAACAACAACAACCAGAAGCACGGUGUUACUUUAAUGGAGUCUGGUUUGUCCGGCUCAUAAACCAGAACAUGUGGAGACGCCAGCAGAAAACAAUGCAUGGACAAAGAAAAUGCUGUUUUGAUUUGAAGAGUCUCUUCCAGGGUUUCCUAACAUUUCCCUGUUGUUCCAUCGGUUUGAGUAUGAGCUGUUUCUGAUAUGAGUUGAGGCUGCUACCUGAACUCCCCUCGACUUCUAUAUUUCUAACAGUGAGAAGCACUUUUUAUAUGGAAGAGGAACUAUUUGUGUUUUUAUGAUUGUUCUCAUUAAAGCUGUGUUCUGUUGUUUGGCUAAAA